ACCACAGCUGCCCCAACAACAACCACAGAAGCAGCAACGACAACCACAGCUGCAGCAACGACAACCACAGCUGCUCAAACGACAACCACAGAAGCAGCAACGACAACCACAGCUGCAGCAACGACAACCACAGCUGCUCCAACAACAACCACAGAAGCAGCAACGACAACCACAGCUGCAGCAACGACAACCACAGCUGCAGCAACAACAACCACAGAAGCAGCAACGACAACCACAGCUGCCCCAACAACAACCACAGAAGCAGCAACAACAACCACAGCUGCUCCAACGACAACCACAGAAGCAGCAACAACAACCACAGCUGCAGCAACGACAACCACAGCUGCUCCAACGACAACCACAGCUGCCCCAACAACAACCACAGAAGCAGCAACGACAACCACAGCUGCAGCAACGACAACCACAGCUGCCCCAACAACAACCACAGAAGCAGCAACGACAACCACAGCUGCCCCAACAACAACCACAGAAGCAGCAACGACAACCACAGCUGCUCCAACAACAACCACAGAAGCAGCAACGACAACCACAGCUGCAGCAACAACAACCACAGCAGCAGCAACGACAACCACAGCUGCUCCAACAACAACCACAGAAGCAGCAACGACAACCACAGCUGCUCCAACAACAACCACAGAAGCAGCAACGACAACCACAGCUGCCCCAACAACAACCACAGAAGCAGCAACGACAACCACAGCUGCUCCAACAACCACAGAAGCAGCAACGACAACCACAGCUGCAGCAACGACAACCACAGCUGCAGCAACGACAACCACAGCUGCCCCAACAACAACCACAGAAGCAACCACAGCUGCAGCAAUGACAACCACAGCUGCUCCAACAACAACCACAGAAGCAGCAACGACAACCACAGCUGCCCCAACAACAACAACCACAGAAGCAGCAACGACAACCACAGCUGCAGCAACGACAACCACAGCUGCUCCAACAACAACCACAGAAGCAGCAACGACAACCACAGCUGCAGCAACGACAACCACAGCUGCAGCAACGACAACCACAGCUGCCCCAACAACAACCACAGAAGCAGCAACGACAACCACAGCUGCAGCAACGACAACCACAGCUGCCCCAACAACAACCACAACUGCAGCAACGACAACCACAGCUGCAGCAACGACAACCACAGCUGCCCCAACAACAACCACAGAAGCAGCAACGAUAAACACAGCUGCAGCAACGACAACCACAGCUGCCCCAACAACAACCACAGAAGCAGCAACGACAACCACAGCUGCAGCAACGACAACCACAGCUGCCCGCAACUGCAGCGACAACCACAGCUUCCCAAACAACAACCACAGUUGCCCCAACAACAACCACAUCUGCAGCAAUUAUAACCACAGCUGCUCCAAUAACAACCACAACUCUUGCAACGACAACCACAGCUUCAGAAACAACCACAUCUGGCCCAGCUACAACCACAGCUGCAGCAUUGACAACCACAUCUGCCCCAAUAACAACCACAGCUGCAGCAACGUGUUCUGCGAUAUACAAAAAGAAUUUGGAAACAAGUUUGACCACUGCAAAGUGAAAAAGUUCAGUGCCUUACCUCCAACACGAGCGACUGGAACUGAAGCAACUAUUGAGGUUGUGUUCAAUAGGACUACUCCUAUUGCAGAUCUCCCACAGAAUAAUGUCAUUGCUGAAGUCUUAGAAAAAGCUGUGACUAAUACAAACAAUACCUUCAAUGUGAGCAUAAAUCCAGCCUCAGUCCAUUUACUAGAAGGUCCAAUUCCAGCUACAACCACAGCACCUACAACUGCGGCACCUACGACUGCAACAGCUACAUCUACCUCACUAACAACUGGCAUAUCUACUACUGCUUCACCUACAACAGCAGCACCUAUCACUGCUGCACCUACAACUGCAGCACCUACAACAGCAAGGGUGUCUUUCAGAUCUGUUCAAAGCACAUUUACAAAUGACUUGCUUAAUCCAUCAUCUACAGCUUUUAAAAAUCGGGCUGCAAUGAUAAAGGGACAGCUUGAACCUGUUUUCCUUAGGACAUUCCCUUCCUCCUUCAAGUCCUUGGAAGUGGUUUCAUUCAGGAGUGGAUCAGUCAUCAACACCAUUGACCUUAACUUUGUAGGCCCAUUUGCUCCUAAUAACACUCAGAUUGCAAACACUUUGAUCAACGCAGCUUCAAGCGUCAGUGGCUUCGACAUUGAAGGCAGCUCCAUCAACGUGAAUGGCAUCUCGUCAAGUGGAGUAAGCCAGAAGAUGAGUCUCGUCACCGCAUCCUGCCUUGUACUGUUGUCAUGGCUACUGUCAAGCCAACAAUAGCAUCCGUGCUGAUUCUUGAAUGUCUGAAGUCUUUAACAGCUUCAGAUGAACCUGCUGUCAAAUUCAACUUUUAAGCACCUGGUCAAUGGAACCAUUACUAGAAUAGUAAGCCACAUAAUAUAACAUUAGGCUCUGGACUGUCAGAAAAUAAUUGCACUAUUAA